GUCCGCUUAAAGCUUUGUCCCGAAAGUUGAAAUCCAAACCGUCCCGGCGCGUUUCCUACCUCUAUACCAAUCAAUUAUUUUCCUUCUCCUCCACGUCAACUUUCACAUCUCUGGUGCAAUCUCCUCUCCUCCUCCCCCCCUUUUUUUAUACCCUCUACUACUGGUUUCCGUCAUGCAGGCCUUCCGCCGUAGCACUGCCUCUGCCCUUCGGAAUGCUGCCGCUGUGCAGCAACGGGGAUAUGCCAAUGCCCCGGUCUACGCUGAGACCAUUAACAACCUUCGCAUAAAUGCGGAUACCAAGGUUAUCUUCCAGGGCUUCACUGGCAAGCAGGGAACUUUCCACGCCGAGCAAGCCAUUGCCUACGGCACCAAAGUUGUUGGCGGUACCAACCCCAAGAAGGCCGGCUCGACACACCUUGACAGACCCGUCUUCGCAAAUGUGCGCGACGCCGUGAAGGAGACCGGAGCUACUGCUUCUGCUAUUUUCGUCCCCCCUCCUCUCGCUGCUAAGGGUAUUGAGGAGGCAAUUGAAGCCGAGGUUCCCUUGGCUGUUUGCAUCACUGAAGGAAUUCCCCAGCAUGAUAUGGUUCGUAUCACCGAUAUCUUGAAGACGCAGAACAAGACUCGUCUAGUCGGACCCAACUGCCCCGGUAUCAUUGCUCCCGGCCAAUGCAAGAUUGGUAUCAUGCCUGGGUUCAUCCACAAGCGUGGCCGUGUCGGUAUUGUUUCCCGUUCGGGUACCCUGACCUACGAGGCCGUCAACCAGACGACUCAGGCUGGCCUCGGCCAGUCUCUCGUCGUCGGUAUCGGUGGCGAUCCUUUCUCCGGCACCAACUUCAUUGACUGCUUGAAGGUCUUCCUUGAGGACGAGGAGACCGAUGGUAUCAUCAUGAUCGGUGAGAUCGGUGGUAGCGCUGAGGAGGAUGCUGCCGAGUUCCUCAAGGCCAACAACAAGCACAACAAGCCCGCAGUCGGAUUCAUUGCCGGUAUCAGCGCUCCCCCAGGCCGUCGCAUGGGUCACGCUGGUGCCAUCGUUAGCGGUGGCAAAGGCGGUGCUGACUCCAAGAUCUCUGCUCUUGAAGCUGCCGGUGUCAUUGUUGAGAAGAGCCCCGCUUCCCUUGGCAAGGCUCUGCUCAACGAGUUCGUGAAGCGGGAUCUGGUUUAAGUAAGUGAGCGUGGGAUGUGAGUGAUUGAACCUCAGCAUGUGACAUUCCAUCAUUCGGAGCGUCACUGCUGAAACCUAUAUUUUAAAUCUGCUAGAUGAUCUUCUCUUGGCCACUCCUGUACUUUUCCUGUUCAUGUUCUCCUUUGUUUAGAGAUGCUAGGGAGUAAUUAGUUUCCUCAUGUAAAUUUUCGUUCCUCUUUUGCUUUACUACGUACACUCUUGUCAAUGUUGCAUUAUCGUAAAAUGUGAGGGAACAAAACUAGUGCUCUACAAUAGUCUGUA